CCAUUUCUGGGAACAGACCCUGCCAACUCUAUCUGGAGCCAUCAAUGCCAUACUUGAAAGUGUCUCCCGGCCUAGGAGUACCCAAGUUCACUUGGACUCUCUGCUUUGUUCCGGAAAUACAUGGGCUCCAGCUCUGGCAGUGUCAAAAGUAAGCCAGACCUAUAGACCUCCCAGGAGAGCAAAACUCCUUUCCUUCACACAUGAAGCUCAGAUCAUCUUGUUGGAUAUGAGACUUUUUCCUUAUUUCUUCCAUAUGAUAUUCACCUGACUUGUGUUUAGAGUUGCUGGUGCCAGCUUGCCUUCAUUCUUGGUGCCCUCUACUGUCUCUUCCCCCAUCCUGCUAAAGCUGUUCCUUAGCCCAGGCCCCAAGGCUGAAUGGUCCCUGUGACAGCAGCCAGUGCCGUUUCAGGAGGCAGCAAAACAUUUGAAGAUAUGACCAAAGAUUGGAAGUAUUUGGAAGCCUCUCAAAAGGACUGCUGCAGGGACACAAUGCUGGACAGUUAUGAAAACAUGGUCCCACAGGCAUCCUUCUUGCAGUUCUCCAUGAUGCCACAGACAGCUGGAAAUGAUCCACCCAGUAUUUCAAAUGCAGGUGAAAUGGAAAUGGAGAUAAGUAACAUGAGAGAAAAGUUUCUUAUAAGCGUAACAAAACUGGUAGAAAGCAAGAGUUACAACAGCAAGGUGUUUUCCAAAGAAAAGUACUUUCAAACAAUAAAGGAAGUCAAACAAGCUAAAGAAAAGGGGAAGAAGUCAUCACGUGAUUAUCGCCGUGCCGCAAAAUACGAUGUGAUCUCUGUACAAGGCACAGAGAAACUGAUCGAGGCUACUCACAGAGAACGAGAUCGAAUACGGUAUUAUGUGCAUAAAGAAGAGUUGUUUGAUAUUCUUCAUGAUACACAUCUCAGUAUUGGGCAUGGUGGGCGGACACGCAUGCUCAAGGAGCUGCAAGGAAAAUAUGGGAACGUCACCAAAGAAGUCAUUGUCUUGUAUCUGACUCUUUGUAAACAGUGCCACCAGAGGAAUCCACUACCCAAGAGAACCCUUGCACCAAAGCCCGUGACUUUUAAGGACAUGGACUCCAGAUGCCAAAUUGAAAUACUUGACAUGCAGUCAAAUGCUGAUGGCGAGUUCAAGUUUAUUUUCUAUUACCAGGACCACUUGACCAAGUUUAUUAUCUUACGGCCAUUAAAAACCAAACAGAUCCAUGAGGUGGUCAGUGUCUUGUUGGAUAUUUUCACAAUUCUUGGUACACCCAGUGUAUUAGAAUCUGACUGUGGCAUAGAGUUCACAAACCAGGUUGUUAAUGAGCUCAAUGAGGUAUGGCCAGACCUAAAAAUUGUCUCUGGUAAAUACCACCCUGGUCAAGGCCAGGGCUCCCUGGAACGAGCAAGCCAUGAUGUAAAGAACAUGGUAAGUGCCUGGAUGCAUAGUAACUACUCACGGAACUGGGCUGAAGGCCUACGAUUCAUGCAGAUGGUGAGGAAUCAGGCUUUCGACGUUUCUUUGCAACAGAGUCCGUAUGAGGCAAUGUUUGGUUGUAAAGCCAAACUUGGGCUAUAUUCCUCAAACUUGCCCCGGGAAACUGUGGCUGGUUUACAAACAGAGGAAGAGCUAGAAGUUGCUGAAGAACAGCUAGAAAACAGCCUUUGGAUUAGGCAGGAAGAAAGGGCCGAGAUCGGAGCAGACAGAUCUGAUAUGGAUGAGGACAUGGAUCCCACUCCUGAAGCCAGAGAGCCCAGCACCUCCGAAGGUGUCCUCUGCUGGUGAACAGAUGCCUGCUGGGUGGAUACUUACAACUCUCUGAGCAUUGAACAGUCAUCUGAAAACUGUUUCCAGAAGCCCUAAGGGAAAGGAAUGAAGGCCUCACUCUCAGGUUGAGUUGUACAUAGUAGUCCUUGCUCAAA